AGCCGAGGUAUCAGUCGGGUGGCAACUGUCGAGCAUGUGUGUCGUCCCUCGUGCCUGUUUAGUUGUGUCUUAAAUUGCACACAGAACACCAAUUGCAUGUACACCCUAGUACAUGAACGAACGACAGACAGUUCGCGAACAUGUGAUUUUGACAGAGAAUACGUUUCGUCGACGCUCGUUACCGCGUGCGUGAAAAGUGAAGGUUUUCCUUGCCGGAUAUAUCGUUACCCUGUAGCAGCUUCGUUCGAGGGGGUGGAGAAUAAUGUUCUGAGCCGUGAACCACGCACAUCAUGGUUGCUAAGCACUUCACACAGGGCUCCAGCCCUGAGUUGGGUGUCCCGGAUAUGACAGUCAUCAGUGACAUCGAUGAAACGGGAAUUAAUCGAAAUCUCCAAGUCCGGUAUAAGAGGGACCAGAUAUAUACGUACACGGGAUCCAUACUGGUGGCUGUGAAUCCGUACAAAGAGGUGGACUUCUACACGAACGAGUACGUGAAUCGAUAUCAUGGUCAGAAAAUGGGCUCCCUGGAGCCACACGUAUUCGCGUUGGCGGAAGCAGCGUACAGGUCUCUGCAGGACACGGAGAGCAAUCAAUCCUGCGUGAUAUCGGGAGAAAGUGGCGCUGGAAAGACGGAAACCACGAAAUUCAUCUUGCAAUACCUUUGCUCGGUGACCAGCAAUGUCGACACGUGGGUGGAACAACAAAUUCUAGAGGCGAACACCAUCCUCGAAGCUUUCGGAAACGCAAAGACAGUAAGGAACGACAACAGCUCCCGGUUUGGCAAGUUUAUGCAGGUGUGCUUCGACAGUAAAUGGAUGAUCAAAGGCUGUAUCAUUCAAGAUUACUUGCUUGAGCAGAGCCGUAUAACUUUUCAAAGUAGCGGAGAAAGGAAUUACCAUGUGUUCUAUCAGCUGGUCGAAGCUGGAACCAGAGACGAGGAAUUCGCGGAACAAUAUAAACUGAUGCCAGCAAGCCACUACAAGUAUUUGAACCAGUCUGGUUGUGUGAAGAUCGAUGGAAUCUCCGACUGCAAGAAACUCGAUGCUCUUAGGCUUGCGUUUAACGUGCUACAGGUCGCGCCGGAAAUGUGCGAGGGUAUUUUCAGAGUCCUGUCUGCCAUUCUUUGGUUGGGGAAUUUGAGCUUCGAGGACGUGGAUGGCGAAAGAUGCGAACUAACUAAAGAAGACCUUGACAUCGUUGGUACGGUUGCUCCUUUGCUCGGGCUGCAGGUUGAGGAUCUCACCAAAGUGGUGCUUAUACGACAGAUAAACGUCCGCGGAAAUAUCACCGAGAUACCAUUGAAGGUUCAAGAAGCCCGUGAAAAUAGGCAUGCGAUGGCAAAAGCAUUGUACUCGAGAACGUUCGCCUGGUUAAUCAAUCAUAUAAACAAUUGCACGAAUCCUGGCCAGGACAGCUCGAGAUUUCUUGGUGUUUUGGAUAUAUUUGGCUUCGAGAACUUCGCCGUCAACAGCUUCGAGCAACUGUGUAUCAAUUACACGAACGAGAAGCUGCAUAAGUUUUUCAAUCAUUACGUGUUCGCACUGGAACAGGAACUAUACCGACAGGAAGAGAUCCAAUACUCCCAUAUCACCUUCACUGACAACACCAUGUGCCUGGAAUUAAUCGAGAAACCUCCACGAUGUGUUCUUAAAUUACUGACCGAGCAGUGCCAUAUGCCGAAAGGCUCAGACCUAGCUUACCUGACCAAUUUGCAUGCAGAAUUCGAGAAUCAUCCUUGCUACGUGAAAGGGGACGAUCGGCGAAAAUGGGAGAAAGAAUUUGGAGUGAAACACUACGCUGGAUGCGUUACUUACGCAGUCGAAGGAUUUGUCGAUAAGAAUCGAGAUGUACAACAAGAUGUGUUCUUCGAUUUCAUGUCUAGGAGCACAAAUGAAUUUGUUCAAGAAAUCACAGUUUAUCAGGAUCUUUUGGGAUGCACGGUAGCUCGUGCAAGUGGAAAUGCAACUACCAUGUCUCGUGGAACAUCCAAGGGAAAACCAACCCUCUGUGAUUCCUUCAGACAUCAGUUGCAGGCUCUGGUUGAUGUUCUUCAAGCUACCACACCCUGGUACGCUAGAUGCAUCAAGCCAAAUAUGCAAAAAGUGUCGAAUCACUAUGACGAGAAACUGGUUCUGGACCAGCUGAAAUAUUUAGGCAUGUUAGAUAUUAUUAGAAUCAGGAAGGAAGGCUUUCCUAUACACAUGCCCUUCCACGACUUUAUAGCGAGAUAUCGUUGUUUGGAUAAAGCACGUUUGUCACGUUCUUAUAACGAGAAAGAGGCUGUUAGGUGCUUAAUCAGUAGUCAGGGUAUCCCCGAAACUGAAUGGCAAAUAGGCAAAACUAAAGUGUUUUUAAGAAGCUAUGUACACGAGCCACUGGAAGAUUGUAGAAAUCAAAUGGUUACCAGUAACGCUAUGAUGAUACAGAAAAUAUGGAGAGGCUACGUAGUUCGGCGAGAGUAUAAACGCGUGAGAGACGCUGCAUUGAAAGUGCAACAUGCAUACCGAGGCUGGAAACUGAGAAUAAUGUUCAUCAGAAAACGAAGAGCAGCCAUUGUGAUACAGAGUCAUCUGCGUGGCGUAUUCGCAAGGGAGGUUGCGGCUGCUUUGAGAGAAAUGAGACGAGUAGACGAAGAGAUGAGGAAGAGGGAGAGAUUGGAAGAGGAGAGAAGAUUAAUGGAGGAUAAGAAGGCUCUGGAAGAAAGUCAAAGCGCACAGUACAAUGGUAUUGUCGGGAUGGAACCCGGAAAAGCGCAAGAAGAGAUCGCUGCAUUGUCGCAGAUGGCGGAGCAAAUGAAUUCUAAAAUGGCUGCCUCAGAUUUGCAAUCUGUAGACUUGGACAAUCUAUUUUCAUUUUUAUCUGACGUGCAAUCGACGAAGGGUAAUCAAAUAAUUGAAGAAAUUGGUGAACAAAUGGAUGCAUUGGUCGAAGACCUCGAUGUGGAACUGGAGACUGUAAUUCAGCAAGAAAUGGAGUUAAAUUCAAAGGCGGAAUCUAAAGCGAAUACUCCAAAUGGGCAAGAAGCUACCUCGCCAUUGCAACUAUCAUCACAGCAGCAGCAGCAGCAGCAAAGGAUACCUUGUCCAAACACUGGCAAACUCGGUCAACCGAGUCUUCCAGAGCCCACUGAACCUCCUCCACCUCCACCACCUCCUGCUACAGCUUUGACGAUGAAUGGUGGUGAUUCCUCUAUUGAUAAUGGAGAGCCUAUCUACGAGUCCGUUUUACCUCGUGAAGAGAACAGUCCUAGCAGUCCAAUUUUGGUCAAUGGAAAUUCUGGAUCAUUAGUUAACGGCGAAUCCUGUGGUUCACCUCCACCUGCACCAAAUAACAAAGUCAUUAAAGAACCGAUUGCUGGUAGCCCUCCAUCGAGGCCAGAAUCUAGAAACUCAAAUAGUCUCCAUUUGUUGCACCAUAAUCACCACCAACCGGUACCACAGCAGCAACAGAAUGGUCAUGAUCAACAACAACAGCAGGCGCAACAAUCUCAACAACCACCUGUGGAGAGAGAACAGAGACGCAAAUGCAGAGUGGAGCGUAAACUUCAAGAAUUGGAGGACAAGAAGGAGCCUGAUAACGAAGUUACUUAUCAUGAUAUCGUAGAAUUUGCGCAAAAUUAUUUCAAUAGCCACGAAAGAUCUCCCGAGGGUACAAUCAUGGCUACGCUCACUAGAAAAUCACGUGGCAAGAGCGUAGAAUUCAUUCCAAAGUACGAAAUGGUUACCUACUACAAAGGUUCUACUAUACCGAAUUCUCACAUUCAUAUGUACGACCCUGAUAACGUUAAUGUGGCUUGUUCUGUCUUCAGGGAUCUUUGUAAGUAUAUAAGAGGAGAGAUGAAACUAGAUCAGGAAAUUGCAACUAUUCAAAGUAUAAUAGGUUAUGGUAUUGAGCGUGAAGAAUUAAGAGAUGAAAUUUUCGUCCAAUGUAUGCGACAAGCAACUAAUAAUCCUAACCCAGAAUGGGCUGAACGAGUCUGGUUAUUGCUCUGUUUGGCUAUAGUUGCUUUUCAACCCAGUAAACUACUGUACAAGUACUUCGUGUCUUUCUUGCGAAAGAAUUUGGCUCUCGAGGGCAAACUACGACAAUACGUUCAGUGGUGCGUGGAUAAUUGUAAAAAUAUGAAAGUUUCCUGUAGACAACAUCCACCGUCGACGGUAGAGAUUGCGGCCAUGAGGCGACUAGGCACGAUAGUUUGUCGAUUCUUCUUCUUGGAUGGAAGAACUAAAGCAAUCGAUGUGCAUCCAACUGAUACUGCUUCCGAUGCUGUUGCUAAGUUAGGUGAAAAAUUGGGUCUCAGAUCUUUAGAAGGUUGGGCAAUUUACCAAAGUAGACCGGAUGGCGAGGAACAUGUUCGAGCGCAUGAUUAUCUAUAUGACGUUAUAGCCGCUUGGGAAAUGAAACAAUGCAAAUUAAACACAGCACAAUCAACAUUUUCAACACUUCGUCGUGGAAAUAAUGCUACUUUAGGGAGUGGCGAUAAUCGAUUCGUUUUCAAACGAAGGCUUUUCCGAAAUACCCGAGAAAUAUCCCAAGAUCCCGUCGAGGUGAACAUGUUGUACGCUCAAGCUGUAUACAACGUUGUGAAGUGCGAUGAUUUCCCGGUAUCAGAAAAAGUCGCGCUCCAGUUGGCAGGCUUACAAGCGCAAGUCGCCUUGGGCGAUCCAAAAGAUAACGAUCGGCUGGAUUACUACAGCGAGGUGGAUAGUUUUUUGCCUUAUCGAAUCAGCCGUGCCCGAGGCGACGAUGUUUGGGUGCCAAUAAUAGCGCAGGCACACAGACAGUAUGGCGCCGGUCGCAAAGAAUUGGCAGCCAAGGUGUUGUAUUUAUCUUGCGUGAUGCAAUACCCUCUCUACGGUACGACUAUGUUCAACGUGACUUAUCGUGGUUAUUGGUCGUAUGGCAAUCAAUUAAUCUUGGGUAUAAACUGCGAUGGAUUGAUGCUGAUCAAGCCGGAUGAUAAAUUUGUCCUAUCAGAGUAUCGUUAUCAGGAUGUGGAAAGCAUCAUGCUAGACCCAAGUGACUCUUUCAUAACACUGUCCCUUCUACGUCACAAUCCCGACAGCUCGCACAAGUGUUUUGUUUUUGAAACGCCGCAGAAGAACGAGAUAGGUAGUCUGAUCGUUAGUUACUGUCCAGCAUUGGCAGGCUGGAUCACGGAAAACGAGGUUCCUACUAAGAAACUCAAGUGUAUUACCAACGAGGAUCGUAUUAGGCUCUAUCAUAACUUAGUCAAUUGCCGAAGAACACUAGUGGACGCGGAGAUAUUGAGAAAACCUCAAGAUUCUGGUGGUGGUUUCCUAAGAAACACUUUGCGAAGAUUGUCUAAGCACAAAAUAGAGAAACUUAGGCAAGAACAUGGUAGCGCGACUGAUCAUGGUGAAACCUAUAAAGGAUUCCCUUAUGCCUAUUGGGCAUUCAGCAGACAAACUAUACCUCAGAGUCUCUCAAAACUACCCGAUCCGGAUGAACAGAUGGCUCUUAGUGUAUUCCAAUUAAUUUUAACUUACGCUGGAUUAGGACAAAACGGAGAUACGGUUCGUAGGGUAGAAGAUGAACACGUAAACUUGAUACAAACCGUGAUGGAACGUUGUAUAAGAAAGGAGAAUCUCUUAGGUGAACUGUAUCUUCAAUUGAUUAAACAAACGACAGAUCACCCUGAUCCUAAUAGUCGAGUCAAUCUCAGGCAUUGGGCGUUACUUUCUUUGGCCUGUUCAGUUAUUCUACCUCCACAGAAAGUAAUUCGAAAGUAUCUGAUAGCGCAUUUGAAACGAUGCGCUAGUGAUUACGUUACGGAGGAGGGAAAAUACGCCAGAUUUGCUGAAAAGUGCCUUUACAAAACGCAGGGCACGAGAAGGAGACAAUGGCCGCCGAGCAGAGAAGAAAUAAUGUGCACGAUUAAUCGCAGGCCUAUUUAUGCGAGAUUCCAUUUCAUGGAUGGACAAUAUCAUGCUGUUGAAUUUCAUCCUUCAGCAACAGCUAGAGACGUUAUGGAGAUUAUCAAGACUAAGAUUGGUUUAGAAGAAACUGCCAUGGGUUAUGCCAUUUAUGAAGUCUUAGGACCGACCGAAAGAGCAUUGAUACCAGAAGAAAAGAUUGCCGAUGUGAUGUCGAAAUGGGAGCGUUACAGAACGGCGAACGCACAACAGAAUCAAUCGCAAAGAAAGCACGCACAUCAUUUCUUCUUAUUUAAGAAACAUUUGUUCCUUGAUCAGUACAUGAAUCUCGAUGAUCCGGUGGAGAAAGAGUUACUUUAUCAUCAAGUACUGCAUGAUUUACGUGCUGAUCGAUUUCCUAUCACUGAGAAAGAAGCUAUGAUGCUGACAGCGUUACAAGCGCAAUUAGAACUCGGUGAUUGUGAAGACGCUGUAUCGGAUCACGAUUACCGAACUAUAUCAAGUCACUGCCUGCCACCAAGACUGGUUCCAAGUUUGUGCAUUGAAGGAGUACUUCAACACCAUCAAUCAUUACGAGGAAUGACACCGCCCGAAGCGAAGAAGGCGUUCCUGAAUUUAAUUCAAUCGUGGCCGCUUCACAGGGCCACGAUAUUCGAUGUCAUGCAAUCAUUUACUUCGAAUUGGCCACGUGUUCUGUGGUUGGCCGUCGACCAGCAAGGUCUUCACCUUUUGGAGCAUCGUUCCAGGAACACUCUCUGUACCUACGAAUAUAGCAGUAUUCUCAGUUAUAGUCCAGCUGUUAGUUGUUUGAUGAUUAUCACUGGUACUGAUAAGAAGCAGAGCAAAGUUAUCCUUACGACAUCUCAGGCGCACCAAAUUGCGAACUUAAUUCGCGAAUACAUGGAUGUUCUUCAAUCACCACCGGAAGUACCGAAAAGAGAAUCGGCAAUUGCUCAACAAAUAGCGCAGCAACCGAUUCAACAACCAUCGACAAAUCUUACGGCUCCUGCCGGUGGUCGUAAAUCUCGACCUGCUUCGGUAUUACACAGAGGUGCUCCAGUGAUACAAUCACAAGCUAGUUAAAAAGUUAGGUAACUUAUUAGAUGCGAUACUUCUCCUCAACCUCAUACCUUAAUCUUUACCUCACACAUACACAUACACGUAUAUACAUAUAUGUAUAAUAUAUGUAUAUACAUAUAUAUAACAUAUAUAUACACACACACACCUUUAUUUCUUUAUUAUACUUAUUUAACAUACAUUUAAUUUAAUUUUAACUAUAAUUUUAAUUCAUUUCAAUUUACAUAAUUCUAUAUUACAUAUUCGUUAAUUCGUUUUUAUAUUCUUUUGAUAUCUCUAUUCAUUGCAAAUCGAAUUUAUUAUUUAAUUAGUGUGAAUCAAACAAUAUAGUUUCAGUAUCAGGUUGUAGCGAGAAAAUGUCUCUAUAGUUAUUAAUGCUUUAUCGGCAAGGCCUAUCAGGCGACGAAUAAAGUCUCGUCGCGACGAGACAGCACUAGCCUAGAAAUACUUCUUUCUUCCAGUAUUUAUUCGAUUAGCUUAGAGCUCGAGAGACAUUACAACAAAAUAGCUGCUGCCGCGGAAAGAGUAGAUUAGCGAAUGGAUCCACAAAUAACUGCCAUUUUACGAUUUACAAAAAAACAAGUAAUUAGAAAGCUGUCGAAGACUUCUAUUUCUAUUUUGUCCGUCAUUGUCGUUGCCUUUUUUACGAGCGAUUGUCAAUGUUUUUUAUACAGUGUUUUUUGCAGAAUAAUAUGACACAAGAUUAAGAAAGUCGAUGACUAUAGAAUCAAUCGUUAAAUUUUAAUGCGAUCAAUGUUAUUACAUUUUUGGCAUAUCAUUUUUUGUAUCGUUCGACGAAGGGUGAUUGGACAGUUUUUAUAUCUAUUUUAAUUAAUAUCAGAAACGACCAAUUAAUUGAUUUUAUACUUUCAAUUCUGUCUCUCUUGUUAAUCACUCUAUUCAACGAUACAAUAAUAUACAAGAUUCCAUAAUAUUGCAGUCGAUGUUAACGUUUCAAAUGUUAAUCUUGCGCAAAAUUUAAAUACGAUUAUAUGCGUAUUAUAUUUAGACGCAAUAUUUCACGUAAAAUUUUACUCAGCGUAUAUUAAUUAAUGAUACAAAGAUAUCGUGGUGCCUCGUUAACUGACCACAGAGUUUGCUUCGUUAAAUGGCCAACAUUAUAACCAUCGGCUAUUACACAGAUAAAUAAAUGUGUCAGAUCAUUUGUAUCACAUCGGAUUUCGAUAGAAAUGAAAGAUAUUUGAGAUUUUCUAAGAACAUACCACUCACAUUAAGUAGUCAAACAAAAUGACGUCUGGCCAAUUAACGAAACACUACUCUGUAUGAACGACAUCUUGGAAAAGGAUGAUAAAGUCUCUUUGACUCGUAUUUCAGAGGUAUUCGAACAAGUUCGAAGAUGAAAAUCGAAUGAUAAUCUAACAUUCAUUUUAUAGACAAUCCUUUCAUGCUAUCAUCCCUUUUCUCGUAAAGGUUAUAAUUACGGAGUUAAAAUCAAGUAUAAUGGAAGAAAUCGUUUACGCGGAAGCUUAACGAAGAAUCCGUGAUUCCGGCGCGAUCGCAUCGAUCGGAAAUUGCCACGAAAUUGCGUCCAAAGAAAUUUCUUUCUUUAAUCCAAAAAAAAUCGCUCGAUAUCUUGACGUGUAAAUAUUAAACAAAGAAAAAAAAUGUUUAAACUUUAAACUAAAAACAAUAACAACAGGUUUCAAGCAAAAUUCUCCAGUGUUCAGUGAUCACAUUUCCACGUAAAAUUAGAUUUACAGCUCACUUAUAUACAGAAACGAUACUAUCUAAUUGUAAUUUAACCCUUUCAAAAUAAUUUUUAAUAAUGUAGUGACGAGAUUAAUAUAAAGAAUCGAAACUUUUUCAGAUCUCUACACUGUUUACGGUUUAUAAUGUAGAAAUACUAUUAGUUUUUCGCUAAUACAUAUUACACUUUUAAUAACGAGCAAUGGCCAUUGCUCGAGUAAUAAUUACGAAGUCCAGCACCACAGAAAAAAAGAUAUACACUUUUUACGGGACACAGUCAAGAAAGGGUUAAUGUAAACAUAAACGAGAAAUUUCCUCCAAGAAUCUUCUGUCGAACACUGGAGUUCUCAAAAAAAAUAUCCUGAGUUUAUUCGGACCAAGAUUUCGUCACGAAGACUCGAAUUAUUGUCGGAUCCUUAUUUACGCGUUAACUCUAGACAUACACUCACAAAAGAAUUCAUAGAUUUAAAAUGAUAAAUUAUAGACAAAGAUUUCAUUAGGUACAAUUAGAUUUUUAAGUAAUGCAUCACUUAGUACAUGUGGCUGCACUGGAAGUAGAGGUAGAAGUAAUUUUAGAGUUGAGAAUCACUUUUAUUCCUUCAAAUUAAAGUAUUUUUUUAAUAUACAUCAAUCAAUAUGUUUCUUAUUUUCCACAAAGUAGAUAACAAGGUACUUGUGUCUGAAAAUGAUUAAUUUAAAAGAUAUCUUAAUUAUAAUGUACAAAAUUUUAAGGUUAAAUUUACAAUUUCACCGUAGCCAUUCGAUCAAUUUUAAUUUUGUACAGUAAAAUUUUUUUCUAUCGUCUACUGUAUUAAAACUAUAACUUUGUGCAGUCGCGAAGGAAAACUGUAGUAUAAAAAAUAAAAGUAAUUUCCCCCGAUAAACGCUCCAUCUAAAAAUUGGCGGCAAAACCAAUUACAUUGCGAUCAGACUCAAUUACCUAUUAUAAAAUAUUGCAAAAACAUUAUGUAAUGCGUAUUUAAGGAUCAGUUACAUAAAUUAUCGCAAAUUGUGAAGGAUCGAGAAUUCGUCGUGACGAAACGAGAAGUUAGUGUAUCCUCUAUAAUCUGUAUUUAUUCGAAUUUCCUUUCCGGGAGUUUGGCUAAGAUUCUACGAGUGCAGAGACAGACUGUGAUCCGCUUUGGGUGUCCUUAGUCUUCGAGAGCUGUUUAACGAGUGAGACUUCGUGUUAACUAAUUAAAGAAAAAGAGCAGGGAAAGAAGGAAAAAGAUAGAGAGAAGGUGAGCACUUGUGAGUGUGUGUGUGAGAGAGAGAGAAAGAAUAAAAAAUGAUGUAAACGUGUGAAGAGAACAUUACGAAACGAGGAUGUGAUUUUUGCGACGCAUGCAUGAUACUUAAGAAAAAAAGAAGAAACGGGGAAAGAAGUACGCGACCCCUGUAUGUGUAGCUUAAGCGAAAUAAAUUAUUGGUUGAUGAUGUUA